UUCAUCAAGACAAAAAAAACAAUGGCUUUUGAGAUCGUCGAGAGGUAAUCUAGCUCGUCUGGUCUGCCAUUGGAGCUACAUUUGUCCGAUCAGUGUGCUGUGAGUGGCGUAGGACAUGACUGAUCAUGUCGGGUUGGGGAUUCGACAGCAGUGCUCUGGGUUCACUUGCUCGUAGUGCACUUUCCAAUGCUACGAAACAAAUAGAUAAAGUUCUGGACAUUGAUGACAGCCAGGACCCAACUCGAGGAGGUAGCUCUUUCUCAUCUCCUCAGGCAGCGAGACAGCCAGCUAAAAGUACUAACACUGAAGCAGCCGAUGUCGGCGCAUCCAGCAGUGCCAGCACAUCCAGUGGAUCGUUCUGGGAUUCCUGGGAUUUGAAAACUAGUGGCGCUGAUGAGACGAAAAUUCUUAGUUCUUCAUCAAGUAGCUUACCUGUGGGUGCAGUUGGAAAAAUCCAGAGUGGUGCCAAGGCAUCGCGUGGUGGUGGUGCUAGUAGAAGUGCUGUGAAAGAUCAGCAGCCGCCUGGACAUGAUCGUUCGGGAGGAUCACGCCUUGUACUUUCUGCGUCAUCACCAUCGGCAGCAGCAGAUUCUGAUGCGGAGUCGGCAGCCAUCGUGAAAUGUGAUAAUUCGGUUAGUAGUAACAAUAUUAGUGAUAGUGCCAAUGCAGCAUCAGCUGUAUUUGCACAAGCCAACACAACGGAUACGAGCGAAAGCCAGGCAGUGCUGGCUAGAGCUGUGCUGAAGAAGAGAGGCAGGCCGAUACGCUGCAGCUCCAAAGAAAGCAAAAAAUCCUCUCUUUUAUCACCAGCCUCAUCAAACAUGGCUACAUCAAGUUUGUCCAGUACCGCUCAAACGGAUAGCAUUGAUUCUGCCGAUGUAGCUACAUCAGUUAGUACAGAACCUGUGGCCAAUACUGGUAUGGAGGGAGCAAACCUCACAGACGGGACACAUGAAUCUACUUCAGCGACCGCGACAACAGCAACUUUUUCAGUAGUUGCUGCUGGCAGGUCAUGCAGCAGUCCUAGUAGUGCAGAACCCAUGGCAUGUACACCGGCGUCUGUAUCUACUCAACUAACAAUAUGUAGCAGACAGCAGGAGCAAAGUAUUCUGGAAUCGCCAUCUUUGGGUUCUCACGUCCCAGCAGCCAGUAGCAGCAGCAGUAGUAGUAGUAGCAGCAGCAUCUCACCAUCAGCUGGUACACGUAGUCAGUCAACAAGAUCUAAAUCCAAGCCGAUGGUACUGGGUGACGGUAGUAGCAAGACGACAGGAUCACCUUCAAGAAUAAAAGACAAACGCGCCGGCAAGGCAAAGGCUACGUCCGUGCCAGCACUGCCAACUGAAGCCACUGAUCUAGUCUCACCUUCUAUCUCUGCUGCUUUGGCUGCUGACAGUGAUUCUCCACAACGAUUGGACUCUGAUAUGUCAGUGGACGUGGAUAUUUGCAACCCAUUGCAAUCCAGCACACCACUGUCUAAACCGAUGAGCUCAGCUUUUGUUGGUAGUAAUCUAGCUGACGACUCCCAAACGGACACUGCUGCUGCUGCUGCUGCUGCUGUACAGCGGAGUGAUACAUUGUCCAGUGGCUCGUUUGUGGAUAAUCUUGCAGAUUGCGUCGGCACCACGCUAUCAAUUGUUGAUACACCAGCGUUAGUAUCUAAUGGCGGCGGCAGCAGCAGUAGGGAAUGUGCCACUUCUGACCUUGCUGACUGUGAUGAUAGUCAGUCAUUGCACAGUGGAACUGGUAAUGUAGAGCCACGUACUCUCAUGCCGGAUGAUUCACAGAAAGUGUGUGCUGAUGAUGAGACACCAUCGGCAUUGGCCAGUCAUUGUCAUGCAUUACUGCAAGCUGAUACUACGGCCGUUACUUCACAGAACCAGUGGCCUGCUUUGAACAUCACCUCCUCUCCUGGUGAAAAUAGUCGAGAAACUGAUUUAGCUAUUGUGCCGUGUAGUAACGAUGGUGCACAGCUACACGAGGAGACCAUAUCGACAGCAGCAGCAGCGCCCCCAACCGCAUCAACAGAAACAUAUGCAGACGUGCAGCAAGUACCUGCUGUAUUGGUGCCUGAAGAGGGUACUACACUAAAGUCUGACUUGCAAGCAUCCGGGACACAGCGCACGAACACCAGCAACACGGCUGAGGCAGCAACUGACAUGCUGGUGAACACUGCCAAUGCCGGUGAGUCACCAAAUGCAAUGGCGACGUUGGCGUCUGAAAAUGUACAUCGCUUGCGCAAGGAGGUAGCUGAAUGCCGUGAAAUCAUUGACGUGCGCGAGACGAAAUUGGUUCAACUCAGCCGUCAAAAUAUUGAUCUUCAGGAGACUAAUUCCAUUCUUCAGAAUCAACUUGAGGAGGCUGAGAAGGUACAUCGCUUGGCAUCAACUGAUGUUGGAGAGGUAAGCGCUGAGUUCACUGACCGACUUGCAGCAGCAGAGCGCCGCUAUCAGUUGAAAUGCGAGGAAUGUAAGCAGCUGCGCAACGAUGGUCUACAAACCAGUGAACGUGAUCAAGACUCACGAAAUCAUUAUGAGAAGAUGCUGCUCGAGAAAGAUGAUUCUAUUCAAGGUCUUAUGGCUGAAGGUGAAAAGCUGUCAAAGCAACAGCUGCAGCAUUCCAACACCAUCAAGAAGCUGCGUGCAAAGGAGAAGGAGCUGGACCAGCAAGUGACUACACUGCGUAGGCAAACGGCUGAAUCUCAGAAAGCACUUGAAAAGCUGCAAGCUGAGCUAAAGCAGAAAGAUGAGACCGAGCGCAAGUACCAGGAAUCACUGCUCAAAGUCAACACAGUAGCUGAGAAACAGAGCAAAGAAUUGCAUGCUCUCAAACGAGGGCUGGGCUCCGAAGAGGAGAAGAGUCGCACUCUGCAGUCUGCACUGGACAACGCAUACAAAGAGAUUGCUACUUUGCGCAAAGACAAAGCGUCCAACGAGUCUGCCGCCAAUGAAGCAGCCCUCGAGUCUGAAAUUGAAGCGCGCCGUGAAGUCAAACAAGAAUUGGAGAAGACCCGUAUGGAGGCUCGGCAACAACAAGAAUCUCUGCUCUUGCAACUAUCUGAUUUGCGAGCAAGUAUGAGCACAGCUGAGCAAGUGGCUGCACGGCGUGAAGAUCAUCUCAAGCAAGAGGUGAACAAUUUGCGCUGUCAUCUGCAGGAAGCUGAGGGCCAUAGCCAAGAAUUGACUAACAAUGUGUCUGGUGCAACACGGCCCCUACUGCGCCAGAUUGAAAACCUGCAAAGCUCACACAGUGCACAGGUUAGUGCAUGGGAGAAGCUGGAGCGCAACCUGUCUGAACGUUUGGCAGAAUCGCAAGCUCAAGUAGUGGAAAUCACUGAGCAUGCCCAUGUCAUGUCUGAUCGUGCUAUGGAGUUGCAAACCCGACUAUCGACAGUUGAAUCUAGUAGUAAUAGCAAUCGUCAGGACAAGGCAAGACUCGUGGCCGAGUUGGAGUUGCUUCGUUCACGGUACGACGCUUGUGAGGAAGACCGGGCUGGUGCGGUGGCGAAGUUGGAGGCAUUACGCAAAUCACACCAUCAAGAUUUAGAUAUUGUUCGCAAAGAGAAACUGGCAGUGGAUCAACAGCUGGAUGCAGAAAAGUCUAAUGCAGCCGCUGAGAGGAAACGCGCCAAUGUUGCAGAGGAUCGGCUAGAGAAGGAGCGGCAGCGCCAUCACAAAAUACUUGGUGAGUUACGGGAGUCUCAAGUACUGAGUGCUGUCGCUAUAUCACCAGUAUCGCCAGCUCAAACAUCUAACUCUCAUCCGCUAAGUGCUGGUGCUACUUCCUAUCCUAAUCAAGGCGAUAUCUUAGAGCAAUCACUGCUCAGAGGAUCAGCAGCAGCAGCAGCACCGGCGGCAGCACUGGCAGCACGACGUAGGCCGUCGUCACCUGAUAGUGACAACAGUGGUGAUGUGUUGUUGCGCUCUCUUCCUGUUGCUGUGGGUAUGGACAAACUACAUUCUUUGCUCAAGCAGCGCCAAGGUGAAGUCAGUGCAUUGCAAUCACAAGUCAUCCUCUUGGAGAAAGCACGUGCAUCUGUGGCUCAGGAGCUGGUGACAAUGGCUGCGGAAAAUGAGCAGCUUAGCCGGAGGCUGGACAGUGUUCCGGCACUGAAGCGGCAGGUUGAAGAGCUAGAUAAGCGUUACAAUACCAUGCUACAGAUGUAUGGGGAGAAAGCUGAGGAAGCUAACGAGCUACGCAUGGAUCUGGACGAUGUCAAGGCGUUGUAUAAGCAACAGAUCCACGACUUAAUCACGAAAGGUGCAUGUUAAUAAUGUGAUUCCGAAGAGAUGCAGGACUUGCUCACUGAAGCUGCUGCAUAAUUAUUCCUAAUCACACUUCGAAGUAGUAAUUACUUCAAAGUACAAAUUUACAAUACCCAGCGCACAGCCGUUGUAAAGCUAUGUUCACCUUGUUGGUCAGCUUUUUUUCUUCUUCUUUUUUAUGACUUUGUAAUGUCCCGGUGUCUCCAGUUCUUGUACAUAUCACAUUUCAUGUCCUUUUUUUAUGGUCUUGUAAGGUCGUUUUCUCAUAAUAGCUCCCCCCCCCCUCAAUGUUUUCUGAGGAAAUUCUUGCUGCCCUUUUGUAGUCCCACCUUUAUAUCUGUGUUACUAGCCGAGUAUCAGUGCACUAUCGUAGCCGCUGUUACCUGUACUACCAGGCUAAUAACACAAUGUACAUACAAUAUUCUAUGCGCUCCACUCCAUAUUUGGCAUUCUUUUCCCAGGUACACCUAGGCGUUCUUGGCGAUCGAUGCAAGCCGAAGGGCUUGAAUACAAUCACCAGAAACAAUGUGCUGUCUUUCUUUACAAUUCAGUCAAGGUUUCAGAGCGAUGAGGACAAGUAAAGUUGCACUCUUUUGUAGUUGGACUACAAUAAUUGUGACGUCAUUCAAUGUACACUGUAGAUUCCGUUGUUGUUA